AUGAGUCUGCUCUAUGCAAAUAAUACGGAGGAGGAUAUUUUGCUACGGAAGGAGCUGGAUGAAUUCGUCAUGCGGUUCCUGAGCAAGUUUCAAGUGCAGCAUGUGCUUUCACAGGCUGGAGAGGGAUGGAAGGGACAUAGAGGAUUUGUUAGUCCGGAUCUGAUCAAUAAAUACAUGGCACCUGCGGAUGAGACCAACAAGACGCUGUUGUGUGGGCCUCCACCUAUGGUCAAUGCCACGAAGAAGGCGCUUGGUGGACUCGGGUGGAAGGAUCCUGGGGUUUUUGUCCAAGGCUACGGAUCAGCACGUAGUGACAUGCACUCUGCAGAUGUGUGA